UAAAGACAGACUCGGGCUGAACACUAGCAUCAGUCACCCACAACUAACAUCCUCUACAGCAUGAAUCCUAAGGCAGUUCUGGUGGUGGUAGUGGUGGUGGUGGGCGUGGCUCUUGCUGCCCCCUCCGACCCCUACAGUCACCCACCACAAAACAGUUACAAGCAACCCGGGAUGCCACACAACUUCGCCUACACUGUCAGGGACGAGUACGCCGGCACCAACUUCGGCCACAGCGAGGACUCUGACGGCAACACCGUCCAGGGCAGCUACAAUGUCGACCUCCCUGACGGCCGCAAGCAGACGGUGACCUACCAGGCUGACCACUCGAACGGUUAUGUUGCCGACGUGCAGUACUAUGGUGAGCCCCAGUACGCCCACCAAUCAGGUCCCGCCAUCACCUUCAAGCCCCAGUCUUAUGGAUCACCCCAGCCUUCAUACCAGCCCCAGCCCUCAUACACACCCCAGCCUUCAUACCAGCCCCAGCCCUCAUACACACCCGAGCCUUCAUACCACUCACAACCGUCCUAUAACUGAAGGCUACUGCUGUUACUAUCAUCAUUUACCCCGGCCUAGUCACUGUUGUUUUAAAUAAUCAUGAUGUUUUGUUGACAAUAAAGAUUAAUAUUACCGCA